CUGUUUUUGAUGAGGUUGGGAUGUGGAAGGCCUCAUUCUCUCUUUCUGAUACAGAACGACGGCCGUUCCUUCAGCAGCUUUCGCUCUCGUCAUGCCCGAAAGCCAUGAGAACGCAGUCCUGUCAAAUCAGGAGCUAUGGAAUCAUGCCGUUUCAGCUUGUGAAACUGCUCUUGGUCUCCUCAAGAUUUUCGAAAAACACGAUUACUACCUUGUGGAUAAUGUCGUUGCAUCCAUAACGCAACUUCUCAGUGAAGGCCGACAAUUGAACUCUUUGAAGAAGCACCACUCAUCCCCAAAGAACGAUCAACCAUCUUCUCGUGAAUCCUCGCCGCGAAAAGUGGCGGCCCCUUUGACGAAUCAAGCCGAAAACUGGAUUAUCGACGAUCCAUCUACCGUGCGCAUCAAAGUCAAAGGCGGUCAGGAAAUAGUCGCCAAAGCCAUCACCACCGUGGAAGGACUAAAGGCCAUUGUCCCCGAGAUGGAAUCUAGCCCUUGCAUCGGUCUCGACUGCGAAUUUCAGUGUGUGAAAAAGAGUUUGCCAGAAUUGAAACUUUUGCAAAUUGGCGUGUCGGCCACUCGCGGAUAUGCCGUCGUCGUUGAAAAGAUUGGUGUCGAAAACGUGAGGGAGGUGUUGAUGAAACCUUUUGCGAAUAUACUCAACAUGGUCGGCUGGGCUUUCCGUCCGGAUGCGCAAGCCAUUGAAACCGCAUUACAAGGUGAAUUUCUCGCGCCGGUGUUGGAUCUGCAAACGAAAUUGAAAAGUGUCGCACUUGAACAGAUGAAUUUGUGGAAUGCCGUCACCAAGUUUUGUGGGAAUUGGGAAGGAUUGGAUGAAUUUCAGAAAGCAAAGACGCUUGGGCGCACCUUCCAGUUUUCGGGUCCGGAUUGCGUUUGGAUGCAGGAUCCGCUUCCUGUGAACGCCCUUGUAUACUCGGUUUUUGAUGUUGUCAGCUUGGUCGCACUUUGGGAACGUACCCAAAAUUAUCCUGAAAAGGAAGCUCACUAUUGGCCCUUUAAUAUCUAUCGCGAAUCAAAUCCAAAAGCACUGGACCGGUGGUACAAAUCGCGUGCGAUGAUACGAUCUCCUCCCCACAGUGGGAAUGCCAAGCCGACCGAAUCGCCUCCACCGACCCGUGCUUCACCACCGAACAGACCGAGUUGGAGAAACACGAAGCAGACAGCUGCAUCGUUAUCAAAGACGAGUAUGACUAAAUACGAGGAUCUGGAAUUCGAAGCGGGCACCCAGGAAGCGAUUCGACGUUCACUGACUGAUCUGGAAAAUCAAAAACGAGCCCAAGCUGGAAAGGAUCGCGUCAUUACCACACUAUCCGUUGCCGAAGAACAAGCUGCCGAUACUUUCUCAUCGACUGCGCCCGAAAAUAUCGCUCCAGCCUCGACAUCCACCCCUACGCGUUUCGAUCAACCUACAAAGAAGCACCAAGUGAGCCAGGUCGAAGAGGUCACUUACAACGCCGGUCCCAUUCGAACUGAAGACACCACACCCGAAGCUUCUUCAACCAUCCCUCAUUUCGCCGAACCUUCUCCCAGCAAGGGAAAACACAAGAAUGAUUUGCAUGUGCUGGACAUUGGCAAAGAUUCCUGGGGUGAAUACUAUGGAUCAGAGUCCACCAGCCAAGAAUCGUUAACAUGGGGUGAUCGAUCCGAAAAGGGCAUUCCGGCAACGAACGAAUCAACGCAUCAUCACCCCAGAUCAAGAUCCUCGACCCCAUUCUCUUCCGCCCAGCGCUCUGCCCGCUCGUCGAUGCCAAGUUCUCCAAAGACAGGUUCAGCUUCGGUGUCCUCCUCGCCGCCCGUGAAAUUCAAAGAAACUGCGGUAGACAAAGCAAGACUGAGAGAAAUGAUGAUGAACCCUCAAUCGCCAUACCGCAGUCCAGCCACCAUAAACCAUGGUGCUACACCCAGCAAUACGGCUACAUUUGCAUGGCAAGCGCCACUUCAAGGUGAAAUGGAUGAUAACACGUGGAAGGAACUUGUCAAUGAUUCCAUUGCACAGUGGCAAAAAGGUCACGACGUAGCACUGGAGGUCAUUACUGAAAAAGAAAAGACACAAACGCCCGCUCAGCCUGUGGAAACGCCUCAGCCUACUCCCGCGCCUGCCGGGAUUGAAGUCGUGAAUGAGAACGCCGACGGCUGGAAUGUGGAAGACGUUCGACCGAAUACCAUGCAGAUGCCUCUGCGAGUAGUACCGAAAUACAAGAAAAAGUAUCGCGGACCCAAACUCGAAAAUCCCAAUGAAUACGACGAAUACGAUGAUUACACCGACGAAGAUUAUAUUCAUUCUGCCGAAGAACCAGACUCUCCCACGGACAAUGACGACGACGAAACUCAAGUUUCAAUGUACGAAAAGACACUCAAGGAUGAAAAAUUUCUUUCCGCCGAUCCUUCUCUCAAGAUUCAUCUUAUCAAAUCUGUGGAAGAAAUGGAGUCUCUGCCGUCCAAGAGUGCCGCUGGAGCUACUGAGGAUUUAACGAUUGCUAUCACGUAUCAUCUUUACAAUGUCCCUGGACGUUCUGGACAACAGAAAAGCUUAUUGCUCAAAGCACUGCAACUGUACGUCUACAACACGGGUGAUUCCUACAGCAUUCUCGUCAAUCAUGCUUGUCGUAUGCAAGAAAAGCUGAAGGAUUCCAAGCUGAAAUAUCUUUUAUGCGAUCCGAGUGUGAAGCGUAUACACUGGGGCCUAGGGUUCAUACAAAGUCAAUUGAAAAGUGCGCUUGAUUUUGACAUUGGACCGUCUUUGGAUGUAUCGUUAAAGUUAACAGGGGCAGAACAGAUGGACGUCAAGUACAGCUAUGCCGUGGAGAAAUACCUUGUCGACUGGCCCGAUCUGGAUCUUUACCGCACAGCUAAAACAUUACACGAACAAAAUAACCCAAAGUCUUUCUCCAGCUCUUUAUGGGACAGAAAGAACAUACCAGACUCGCUUCUCAGUUUCAGUGCGUUCCAAGGCAUGGUUCUCAUGCAGCUGUAUCGUCAAGUCUGUGAUUUGAAGAUACCCGAUUCUACAGAUUUUAUGUGGCCUAAACCUGCUUCAGAAAAUGGGGUUCGGGAUCAUCGAGAUUAACUUUGUGUACUUGUAAAUAAUAUAGCAUCUUUUCGACCGAAGCAUUUGAUAUCGUCUCUCCAUUUACAUAAUGUUUUUAUUUGUGUGUUUAAAUUGAUUAAUAAUGAAUAUCUUUUUUUGGGCGUUUU